AUGGACCGAGUGACCAGAUACCCGAUCCUCAGCAUCCCCCACACACCCCGCGCCACGGGCCUGGCCCUGGAUGGGGACACCAGCCACACCUUCGAGCUGGUGGCCGUGGGGCCCGAGGCCAGCAGCUGGGGCCAGGACCAGGAGGCACAGCUGGGCACAGCGAGGACGGGGGCACCCUGUGGCGUGCGGGCGUCUUCCAGCCAGCUGUCCCUGCGGCCACUAUACUGGGAGGGUGACAGGGACCGGGAGGUGAAGGGUUACCACCUGGACACCGGCGACGCGCCCUCCAGGAGGCCAUGGGACCUGGAGCAGGAGCGCUGGGCGGUCAUCCAUGGCCAGGCAGUCAGGAGGAGCGGGACAGUGGCCACACGCUGGGGCACCCCUGACCAUGGGGCCCUCGGGAGCCCCGGCCAACCCCCGUCCACGCCCCCCGGGGAGAGCGUGGUGGACAGGGAGCAGAUCGACUUCCUGGCAGCCCGGCAGCAGUUCUUGAGCCUGGAGCAGGCCGGCACGGGGGUCCCUGGGAAGCCCCCGGCCAGGGCAGCCGCUGCCUGUGCCCCACCAGGGGUCAGCCAGGCCCCCCAGGCCUCGGCCGGGCCCCACCUAGCCAACGGGUACGGGGGGAGGGAGGCAGCCAGCGGGGAGAGGGGGGGCCACGGUGUGCCUGCUGGGCCGAGCCUCCCACCUGGGCACAGCCCCAGCCCCCGGCCCCAGGAGAAGCCCCCCGAGCCCCCCAGGGAGACACCCAUCGAGCGGGAGAUCCGGCUGGCCCAGGAGCGGGAGGCAGACCUGCGGGCACAGAGGGGGCUCGGGCGGGCGGCCAGCCACCAGGAGCUGGUGGAGAUCCCAGCCAGGCCGUUACUGGCCACACAGAGCCUGGCCACAGCCCUGCGGCGGGACAGGGGGAGGCCGUCGCUCUGCGUGCAGCGGGACAUGGUGCAGGAGUCGCGGCGUGAGGAAGACCACCGGCAGCAGAGCUUGCGGGCGGGCCGCGCGUCCACGCCCGACAGGGUCUCCGAGGACUCCCAGCCCGGACUCAGGAGGGCCCUCAGCUCGGACGCCAUCCUUGGCGUGGCCCUCCACCCGGAGCCUCCGGGGAGGCAGGUGAACCGCAUCCCGCCUGAUGCCUACCAGCCGUACCUGAGCCCUGGGGCCCCACGGCUGGAAUUCUCAGCCCUCAGAGCGUCCGGCAGGCCUGGCAGCCUCCCCACCAAGGAGACCAGGGCCACAGGGUCUCCGAGCCACCACUCAGAAGUCCCGGGGAAAGCCUUGAGCAUGAAGCAAGAGCACUGGAAGCCGCCCGGGGGGCCCCUGCGAGCCAGCGGGGGCGUUGUGCGGUGGGAGUACUUCCGUCUGUGUCCCUUGCGGUUCAGGGUUCCAGACGUGCCCCUGCAGGCUGAGGCCCCACACAUCUGGGGCUGGGAGGUGCCCGGGGGCCCAGCCUUGAGGCUGCAGAAGUCUCAGUCGUCGGAGCUGCUGGAGAAGGAGGUGGAGAGCGUCCUGCGCAGGGAGCGGGAGCUGGCAGAAGAGCGGAGGAGCGCCCUCUUCCCAGAGGUCUUCUCCCCACCGCCUGAGCCUGAGGAGGGCGAAGGCGGGAGCCCGGACUCCAGGAGCUCCUCACGGGCGUCUGGUAUCACAGGCAGCUACUCGGUGUCCGAGCUGCCCCUCUUCACCCCCAUUCGCCUGCACUCAGAGCUGGUAUGGACAACAGAGGCCCCAGAGGACAGUGUCCCCAGGCAGAGGAAGCAGGACCUGUGGUACGCCGGCCUCGACCCCUCGGACCACGUCAGCGCAGAGGACCUGGAAGCCACACGGGUGGCCCGCCACCAGAGCCCCAUGGCCGAGCGCUGGGAAGCCGGCCUGUACACCAGCGAGGACAGAGACUGAGCCGUGGGGAAGCCCAGACCGCCCUGACCCUCUCUGUUCUGCCCCUGGGACGCUUCCCUGCUGCUAGGGUCCACACCUGGGCCUGGCGGGACCCCGCCAUCUCUGCUCCAGGAGGAGGGUGCCAGCUCCCGACGUUCCUUCUGUGGGAGGGCACGGGCAUGGAGGGGCAGACAGAGCCGGCCCUCCCACCCCGCGGAGACCCCCUGGGCCCGGGUCCUGGGCCCU